CGAUACCCGACCUAACAAGGGCGCUGGUGAGCCACCCGGCGACAUACGUCAGGUUAAAGGAAGAGUCAAAGGGGAAGAGGUCAGAAGAAGUCAGAGGAAAAUAAGCCGACACCUGGAGUUCAGGAACACCUAAAUACGCUUCCUGGAAUUUCUAGCUUCUACUAGUAUAACGACUCGACCAUCACCGUCGUCGAGACCAAGUCAGCCUUCCAAAAGAAGAUAGCCGAUCUGGCCUAUAACACAACCGCCAUAGAGGCGACUCUGUUCGGUCUCCCUUUCGAAACGGUGGUUUCCGGCUCCGCGUCCCGGUCUGAUGAAAAGUCCCCAUAGUACGCAGAGCUCAACCAGCGGCAAGGGAACCUCUCUGCGGGUCUCCUACAAGGUCAACAUAGUUGACUCGUAAUGUCUUCAAGUUCUGAAUAAAACCAAUUCCCUUGUGUGGGAGUAAAUCUGAGACCUGACUGCCUCCAAUUGUCGGAUGAGUGCUACAAUGAGAUCCUCCAAAUGACCUGUUCGACAGAGGCCAAAAAGAAAUUCAAGCAAAGAUAUGGUAAGCACGAAGAGCUACUGUGAGACCUCCUCUGGCUGACCAGCAAUCUAGCAAAAAAAGGAAACGCCUUCCCAAUGCAAGUUAUGCUCGGCGGCUUUCUACUUAGCACCCAGUUUGUUGACGCUAAAAGCACCAGUCACCUAGAGACGGCCAAGGUAGAGACGAUGAUCGCAGCGGGAAAGAGCUUUGCAUCGCCUAAGCUAAACUUUGAUAUCAAUCACGCCAACGCCGAUCUUACAGAACAGGAGAAUCGGUCAGGCGCGGCUUACUAGAACGCAAAUUUGGCCUAGGAGGCGUGCGGUGGUGAUACCGCCCUAUGUUCCAAGUGAGAUUUCCUUCAAAAAGUCAGUCGGCGAUCCCCGAAAACAAGCUCUUUGCGGUCCACCGGGAUGGGCGAAGACUGUGAAGGACUAUCACCACAAGAGAAUCUCCGAGUUCUGGUAACAAUUGCACGUAUGUAGGUGAUGAGCCGCUAAUAUCAAGCUCAGCAAUCCCACAUCCUCAGUCUCAUAGACGUGAUCAAAGAAAUUGAUCCCCUAAGUUUAUCGCCAGCUUAAUAACCCCCAAAGCCAUCCUGCCACGACUCCCAGAGAAACAAAACGAGCAGUUACAAACGACUUUGGAUUACCUACCGAAGCACCCUGAAGAUCCAUGGCUAAAGCACCUUAAGGAAGUUUUGGAAAUGAUAAAGAACGGGGAAAUUCAAUAAAUGGCCAAGAAGAAAGGUCGAUCAUACUUGGUUGGCGCCCAUACCACACAUGGGACAGUUUAAUCCCCGAUCAUCAAGUACACUAUGGGUUGUAUGCAGUGGAAGCGAACAAAAUGCCCAAUCCGGCUCUACAGCCAAAAUGAUGUGGUAGAUUUUAUUCUAUCACUUCGACAGCUCCAUAGUUUCAUCACUGAGAUCGUUAGUUAAAUUGUCGCCAUUAUAGUUGCAAAUCCUUGAGUGUUUUGACUGCGUUAACCAGAGAAGUCGAUGUUAUUAAAUUUAAGGUUCAGGCUCAUCUUAAAC